UCAGAACAUCCCGCUGAUCCGCCAUUGGAGAGAGAAAAAAAGAAAAAACAGAGCAGUGGGGAACGCGAAUCCCACUAUACAAAAACCACAUCGAAAAAUUCAUAGGAUUUAUAAUAAAAACAUAACACCCCCUUGUUGUUGCCGAGGAUUUCGGACCGCCCUUUUUCUCUGGAAGCCCAUUGAGGAACAGAAUCGAGCCAAAUCGAACCCGAUAUCUCUCUCUGUUUCUCUUUUCCCUCACUUUCUUUCGUUUUCCCGGAAAAUUAAAUGGUACCCGGGAUUUUGAUUCGGGUUUGAUUUUUCGAGGAAAUUAAAAAGAUUGAAUCGGAUCGUGUGUUGUAGCGGGUGCAUAUUUGUUUAAUAACGUUAGUGCCGGUCGGCCAUGUCCUCCGGUGGGACGAACUGCUCAAGCAACAUUAGUUCAAAACAACCGGCUCUCCUCGCGCUACCCACGACCACCAGACGACGCGUCGCUGACGGCGUCAUGGACGCCGGCGAGCGGCUCCCGACGAGCACUCUCCCUCCCGACAGCAACAUUGUCUUCGCCGACGACGACGAUGUGGAAAACGACAGCCUCCUCGACGGCACUAUAUGCGGGCCCCACCACGCCCUCCACCACAACCACAACCAUUAUUCGCACCACCCCGUGAUGAAGUACCUCGUUCUCCGUCGGCGGCUAUUCUUCUGCGUUCCCGACAAGUGGCUGCUCCCGAUCGAGGACGGAUUUCUAUGGACAGUCGCGAUGUUGCAGUCGCUGAGAUCGGGGCGGAACGUGGUCCGCAAUAUUUUCGGGGCUCUGCUUUUGAUGGCGGUUAUCUCCGCGUUCGUGAAGUUGUCGUUUUUUAGUAGCCACGUCGAGGUGGUCGGGGAGGUGGCACAGAGGACGGAGGGCCGACUUUUGAUUCUGAAUACGGUGAAGGACGAUUGGUCGGGGGCGCAGCGGGCCGUCGCCGAGAACCAGGAGUCCAAUUCCAUGCCUAAACGUGUUUUGGAGAGGGAGAGGUUGUCGGAAACCGAAUCCUCCACCAUGUUCAAGCGACUUCUCGAGCGGUUGCCGACCCCAGAGAUUUGGAGGAAACCCAACAGCGACAAUCUUGAUAAAUGCAUAGCUCGACCCAAGAACCGAAUAAGGAAAGGAUCGAAAACAAAUGGUUAUCUGCUUGUUCAUGCCAAUGGCGGAUUGAAUCAGAUGAGAACAGGGAUAUGUGAUAUGGUAGCUGUUGCAAAGAUAAUGAAUGCUACCCUGGUUCUUCCACUGAUGGACCAUCAAUCUUUUUGGACGGAUCCAAGUGAUUUUAAAGACAUUUUUGACUGGAGACACUUCAUGAAAGUAUUGAAAGAUGAUAUUGAUAUUAUCGAGUAUUUGCCAACCAAAUAUGCAGCUGUGAAGCCUGUUCUGAAGGCUCCCGUCUCCUGGUCGAAGGCGAGCUAUUACAGAAGCGAGAUGAUCCCCUUGCUGAAAAAGCACAAGGUUAUAAAGUUUACGCACACUGAUUCUCGGCUUGCUAACAACGGGCUAGCAUCCUCCAUCCAAAAGCUUAGGUGCCGUGCGAAUUAUGAGGCUCUCCAGUACGCAAAAGAGAUUGAGGAUCUUGGGAGAGUUUUGGUUGACAGACUGAGGAACAACAGUAAUCCGUAUAUUGCUCUUCAUUUGAGAUAUGAAAAAGACAUGCUCGCUUUCACUGGCUGCAGCCACAACCUCACUGCUGAGGAAUCUGAGGAGCUUCGGGUUAUGAGGUACAGCGUCAAACAUUGGAAGGAGAAGGAGAUCGAUAGUGUAGAACGAAGGCUCCAAGGCGGAUGCCCAUUUUCCCCACGAGAGGCAGCCUUGUUCCUAAAAGCCAUGGGAUACCCUUCCACAACAACAAUCUACAUUGUUGCUGGCGAGAUAUAUGGUAGCAACAGCAUGGCUGCUUUUCGCGCUGAGUAUCCGAAUGUCUUCUCUCAUAACACUCUUGCAACAGAAGAAGAGCUAGAGCCCUUCAAGCCUUACCAAAAUCGGCUUGCAGCCUUGGAUUAUAUUGUAGCAAUGGAGAGUGAUGCCUUUGUUUAUACGUAUGAUGGAAAUAUGGCCAAGGCGGUGCAGGGACAUAGGAGAUUUGAAGGGUUCCAGAAGACUAUCAACCCUGACAGACAAAAUUUUGUUCAACUCGUCGAUCUGUUGGAUAAGGGAGCAAUAUCAUGGGAACUUCUUUCGUCCGCGGUUAAAAAUCUGCAUUCUGACAGGCUUGGAGCACCAUAUGCUAGACAGAUCGGUGAGUCACCAAGGUUGGAGGAGAACUUUUAUGCAAAUCCCUUUCCCGGUUGCAUCUGUAACAAGACGCAAGAGCAAAUGUCUAGGGUGAAGUUUGAUGAGAGACGAAGUGCAACUGUUUCGUCGCAAAGAUGAUGCAGUCGGACGGAGAAUGCAUGUGGCUAGCUCAUGCUGUAGAAAAUACUACACAAUACCACUGCUCAAAAUGGCAGCCCGACUUGGUGGGCUUUUGAAAGAAGUGCUUUUUCUGCGCGGUCUCAGAGAGUGUGCUUGCUGUACAGGGUCGAAAAGUUGUGAUUCGCAAUGCAAGUUUUGGUUUAUGAUGAAAUCAGACUGAGAAGGCAAUUUGAGAUUGCAGAGAAGGUGGAGCUCGAGUACAGUUUUAGGAUAAAUUUCGGGUAGUUUGAUUAGCCAGAGACCUCUUGCCGUUGUCAGAAAGGAGCUGCUAUAGUAAUUCAUUGAUUCAAUUAUUUUUUUCUUUGAUUUGGUCUGAAAAAAAAAAGAGCUCCGCGAUGAAUUUGAAUGUAAUUUUUCUUGCACAACCUCCAAUAGAAAGAAGUUUCAUACA